CCUCUCUUUCUCACACACACACACACACUCACACACACUCCCCCUUUUUCUAUUGGAGUUUCUAUCCUCUAGUACUGACUGCUUCUAAAAAACACACACUUACACACACAAACACACACGAACACAGCCACACACGGAUAAUCUUACACACACAGCAGAGAGGGGGGGGGUCUAACACACACACACACACAUACACACACACACACACACACACACACACACACACCAUCUGAUGACAAACCCUCUACGCUCUCCUCCAGUACAUUCAGCAAGGAUGUGAGUGAGGGUGUGUAUUUGUAUGUGAGCGUGUGAGAAAGAGCAAGAUGCGUGUGUGUGAGAGUGUGUAAGCGUCAUCUGUUAAACAUCUGUCUGGAAGACUACUCCCUGCUCCCGGCAGUUUGCCUUGGCUAUCCAGCAGAGAGUGGACUGUGGGCUGAUAGUUUCGGGAUGUGAGCGAGAAGAGGACUCAUCACAAUGACCAACCAGGACAAGUGGGUCACUCUGACCCCAGCUGAAUUCUCCCUUCUGCAGGAGUACGCUCAAUACUCGACCAAGAAGCUGAAAGAUGUGCUGCAGGAGUUCCAUGGAGACGGAGUGUUGGCGAAAUAUAACCCAGAGGAGAAGCAAGACAUACUCAAUCAGGAGAUUGACUUUGAAGGCUUCAAGGUCUUCAUGCAGACGUUUCUGGAGAGCGAGCUGGCAGAGGAGUUCUGUCAACACCUCUUCUUAUCAUUCAGUAACAAGGGACCAAAACCCAGCCCCACUUCCCUAGACAAGCCCAGAGUUACUGGCCUCAAGUUGAUCAAAGGGAACUCGACCCCUCUGAAGGUGCCCCCUCUACCCAGGACUCUGCCCAGACCUCUAGGCACGGUUCAACUGAAGGACAUCGUCUGCUACCUCUCACUGCUGGAGGGUGGCCGACCCGAGGACAAACUGGAGUUUAUGUUUCGUCUCUAUGAUACUGAUGGGAAUGGGUCUCUGGAUAGUUCGGAACUGGAGCACAUCAUCUCUCAAAUGAUGCAUGUUGCUGAGUACUUGGAAUGGGAUGUGACAGAACUGAAGCCGAUUCUGCAGGAGAUGAUGCAGGAGAUUGACUAUGACCAUGACGGCACAGUGUCUCUGGAGGAGUGGAUCCAGGGAGGCAGCACGACCAUCCCCCUGCUGGUACUACUGGGCCUAGAGACGAAUGUGAAAGACGAUGGGCAGCAUGUGUGGAGACUGAAGCACUUCAACAAGCCAGCCUACUGUAACCUGUGUCUGAACAUGCUUAUAGGUCUGGGCAAGCAAGGGCUGUGCUGCUCAUUCUGCAAGUACACUGUCCAUGAGCGCUGUGUGGCCCGUGCUCCUCUGUCGUGCAUCAAAACCUACGUGAAGAGCAAGAAAAACAUAGAGGUGAUGCACCAUUUCUGGGUGGAGGGAAACUGCCCGACCAAGUGUGACAAGUGUCACAAAACCAUUAAGUGUUACCAGGGUCUGACUGGGCUUCACUGUGUGUGGUGCCAAAUCACGCUUCAUAAUAAGUGUGCCUCCCAUGUGAAACCUGAGUGUGACUGUGGACCACUGAAGGACCAUGUCCUGCCCCCCAACACAAUCUGUCCUGUUAUACUGGAAAGACAGUCUAUGGUGAGGAAAGAUUCCAGAUCCAGCCAAUCAGGGGGCAGAGGGAAGAUGCAGAGAGCCAACUCAGUCACAGUGGAUGGCCAAGGACUACAGAUCACAACAAUAGAGGGAACUCAUCCUCUGCUCGUGUUUGUGAAUCCAAAGAGUGGAGGGAAGCAGGGCGACAGGAUCUACAGAAAAUUCCAGUACCUCUUAAACCCUCGGCAGGUAUACAACCUGGCCAAGAACGGACCCAUGCCUGGGUUGAAUUUCUUCCGAGAGGUCCCAGAUUUCAGAGUGUUAGCUUGUGGUGGGGAUGGGACAGUCGGUUGGAUUCUGGAUUUCAUAGAUAAGGCCAAUCUGGACAGGAACCCCCCUGUGUGUGUACUUCCCCUUGGAACAGGAAAUGACCUGGCAAGGUGUCUGCGAUGGGGAGGAGGUUAUGAGGGAGAGAGCAUUCUGAACAUCCUGAGGGACAUAGAGAACAGCUCUGAGGUGAUGUUGGACCGCUGGAAGAUUGACGUCACACCCACAGACAAAGAAGAGAGGGGAGACCCUGUGCCUUACAGCAUCGUCAACAACUAUUUCUCCAUUGGGGUGGAUGCUUCCAUUGCACAUCGGUUCCACAUGAUGAGGGAGAGACACCCUGAACGCUUUAACAGCAGAACAAAGAAUAAGCUGUGGUACUUUGAGUUUGGCACUUCUGAGACCUUCUCGGCCACAUGCAAGAAGCUCCACGACUUUCUGGAGGUUGAGUGCGAUGGCAUCACUUUGGACCUAGACAGCAUCUCUUUGGAAGGCAUCGCCAUUUUAAACAUUCCCAGCAUGCAUGGCGGCUCCAACCUGUGGGGUGAGAGCAGGAAAAGGCGGAGCAACCGCCGGGGAGGGAAGAAGACCCAGGAUAAGAGGACAACAGUGCUGGACCCCAAAGAGCUUCAAUUUGCUGUCCAAGACCCGUCAGACCAGCUGUUGGAGGUGGUGGGUCUGGAGGGAGCCAUGGCGAUGGGACAGAUCCACAUCGGCCUGAGGAGCGCAGGAAGACGCCUGGCCCAGUGCUCCUCGGUCACCAUCAGGACCACCAAAGCCCUCCCCAUGCAGAUUGAUGGAGAGCCCUGGAUGCAGACUCCCUGUACUAUUGAAAUAGUGCAUAAGAACCAGGCCCCGAUGUUGAUGGGUCCCCCACAAGGCAACAGCUUCUUCUCCUCUGUGAUCCGACGAACAUGCAGCGAGAGCAAAGACUGAGAGAGAGAGACUUCGCCUUCGGCCUCUUCUCCAGAGAAUCAAGCCGUCUUACCCACGGAGGUCGCUAGGAUGCUAAUUUGUUAGCCUAGCUCCAUUUGGGUCGCUAGGUUAUGAUGCUAGGAUUCCAAUUUGUUAGCCUAGCUCCAUUUGGGUCGCUAGGUUAUGAUGCUAGGAUUCCAAUUUGUUAGCCUAGCUCCAUUUGGGUCGCUAGGUUAUGAUGCUAGGAUUCCAAUUUGUUAGCCUAGCUCCAUUCAAUAGCAUACUGUAGCUGUGCAUGCUACUUCUGCCAUGGAAAUGUCAGUGCCCCCCUUACUUAUUUAGAGUGAGGAACUACAAGUACAGAAGCUUUGGUUCAUGAUGCGGUGCCACUCCACAAUGCCAACACAGUGGUAUUGUCCCUCUGGAACAGUUGUUUACCUUUCCAGAUUUCACCUUUAUACUGUUACGAUGGCAUGUUUUCUUUCUAAAUGUCAUUUUUAUAGUGGUAUUGUGCAACGUGCCAUGUGGAUCAAGUCCUUUUAAGGAAGUGACACAUUUCUGUCAAUCAUUGAAAAUCAUUUGUAUGAAAAGGUAUUGAUUUAUGCGGCGUCAAUGUUUUGAAUGUGUUUGCGUUUGAACACCCCAAUGCAUGAUGGACAUUGGAUUACUGUUUAUGAGGUGAACAUAUCUUUCAGGGUGCAUAAGGGCAGUGAUGACAUUGAGUUAACAUAUACUUUAAGCAUUUGGUCUAAGUUAACGUUUCAGGUUAUUUGCUUCACAUUUCUUCGGGCACUGACUAUCUCUUCAAUGUUGACUUCAUCAGAGAAUGGAUUUAAGAAUCUCAAAGGCUCUGUUAGGUUUCCCACAAAACAUGUUUGACAGGUUCUUGCUCAAAUGUCUUGCAGCUGGAUCAUAGAAACUAUUUCCAUUAAGGCUCAUAGACCAAUUAAGGAAAAUGAAUUGGUAACAAAUGCAUGCACAUGUCACAUGACAUAUACACUUUUUCUAUAUUGCACGGGAUAUCCAGACAAUUUCUUCUAAUUGUGCUGUGCACAUCUUGAGUUGCAUGGAUAACCAAGAUCUAUUUUUUGAAUGUGGAAUUGUACUGUGUUGUUCAUUUUGGAAGUAAAACACUUUGUCAGGGUUCAACUACUGCCUUUCUCUCAUACUAAAUGAAAUCAUAUCAACCUGAAAUCAACCUUUUGUGGUCAGGGAGUCCUGUUUUUCAGGGGCAGGUACUCAGGUAUUUUUAAGAUAUAAUAUUGCUCAAAGGUUUAUACACUUAACUAUUAUUAUAGAAAAACCUUUCAAAGAAUAGAAUUGAGUACAUCAUGUAGUACAAUCAUCACAGUCAAGACUCCAGAGCAGGUUUUGACCUCCUUAGGUCAUUGAUUUGUUCAGUCUUUUUCAGCGGUUUGCCAUUGAGCAUGUUUACAAUACAUGACUCAUACAUGCAUACAUUAACCAAUUAGAACUCAAGUCCAAAUGUGAAAUUACUAUUGAUAUACUUGAGCUAGAAUUGAAGAAUCAAUCUUGAGAAUCAGUCUAAUCAAUUUGCAUGACUGGGUUAUUCAGAGACAAGAAGAAGCUCUGCAUUCUCCCUCUAGAUAUCUGCAGAGGCUAUUUGGUCUGGCACAUGAUGUGCAGAUAAGUAAGAGUAACCAUAAGAAUGGCCUGAUAUUGUUAACCUGAACAGUAUAUUGUAUUCUUAAUUUCAGAAAUCUAUCGUGACUUUUAAUUAUAUUGACAUGAUUCGUCCAGUUUUCACCAAAACCUCUGACCCAUAUCUCAAUAUAAUAUACUACCAAAGAUAAACAGAACGAAAGGCCAUAUUCAGAUCAGAUCCAUACACUAUCUGAAAUUCUUCAAAUCUGUUACACAUGAAUGACACCCAAACAGUACAUGAAUAGAUACAAGUUUUCAAGUGAAAUGCAUUCCUGCAUGUUUUCUAAGUACAAUUCAAUGAUAGAAGAUGACUGUAUUGGAUUUCUGUCUCUGUUCAAAGUCCCAUUCUGCUUAUGGAAGAUUUGGUUCCACCAACUUUUCCAUUACUUUGCUCUGUAUGUGCAGUAUUUGUUUUGUACAGUGAAGUUGUAUUUUUGUACACAAUGUUAUUUUUCUGCGUAAAGCAUUGCUCUCCUCUGUAAAUCACGCCAAUGUGUUCUUCUGUUCAAAAACUGAAAAGAACAUGAAAACAAUUAAAUGUUGUUGUCGUUUGACAUGCUCACCGACAUGUCUUCUUACCUUUGACCCUGUUGACACCUAAUGGCACUCAAUGGCACAAUGUCACCUGAGACGGGUUGACUGUCACCGACAGGACACUCACGAUCCUGUUAGUGUUCUUACACCUGCUCUAAAGCUAUUUAUACGGUGGAUACACUCAAGCCAUGAGAGAUGCCUGUCAAACUUUCUUAUGGCUCAUGGUAUGUCACACUUGACAGUGCUGUGUACAGUUUGCACCCUGAUCCUGCGAUGACCCUUCAAUGACCCUGUAACAUGCUUUUUUCUUGUUGCUUGAGUCAACUAAAUAUAGGAUUAGUCUUAAAAUAAAUGUCCCUUAACAAAUCUAAUCAUUUCCUUUAGCCUACAUUACUUUUAAAAUAAUGAAAAUAAUUUUGAUUAUAUUACAUAAUUUCAAUCAUAACUCCUCAUUCAUUAUGAUCUCAUUUAUAUCUUAUGUGACACAUAAAACAAUCAAUGCCUUCUGCAGAAAGUAACUACAUGGUAUUGCUACUAAUACAAUACAAUGUAAAAUCUCAACUGGAACACAUAGUUAAUGUUUGUUUUCCUAACUCUCUAGGGAUGAGACAAAUGAGUGUGUUUACCUCUUCGCUUGGUGUCAGAUGGACAGGACACCUACGCUUGACCUGUGUUUCUCAGGCCUCCGGGGGGUUCCACAGGAGUGACAAGAUAAUUCACUUCCUAUCCCCAUCAAUGUCUUAGGCAUCAGGUAGCUUAGCAGUCAGAGAUUUAUGCCAGUAACCGAAUGGUCGCUGGUUUGAGUACCCGACCCGACAAGGUGAAAAACAUGUCGAUGUGCCCUUGAGCAAAGCUCUUAGCCCUGAUUUGCUCCAGGGGUGCCGUACUACAGUGGCUGACCCGGUAAAACAACACAUUUCACUGCACCUCUCCA